AUGCGCACAACGCUCGUCGCAGCUGCAGCCACAGCAGCAUUCACCGCAACCGCACUCGCACAGUCGCCCGCAGACGUCUCGUCCUCCCAGUACUGGCACGAACGCUACCAUGGCCUGCUUUCUAUGGCCGCGUACUCGAACGACCCUACGACCGUCUGCGCGCAGACGUUCGACCAGGCGGCGUUGACCUCUUCGUUCCCUAACUCGACCGAAGCUCCCUGGACUCUGAUCCAGCAGUUCGGACCGACCGCGAUGGGAACCCAAGGUUUCUCCGUCGUCAUUCCCGAGAUGGACAAAGUUGUCAUCGUCUUCAAGGGAAUGUUUGGCUGGGAAUCCACCUUUAAUGACUCGACUGUCAACAUCGGCACCCUCCUGAACCUCGGCCCGAACUGCACAGACUGCACCGCCCACGCCUCCGCCACAGCCGCCUACCUCGAAGCGCGCCAACUCACCAACGAUUUCGAGCUCGAACAGUACUAUGUCAAUACCACCGGUCACCAGUUUUCGGUCACCGGACACGGGUGGGGGGGGAUGCUUGCGCAGGUGGCGGCGAUUGAUCUUGGGUGGAGGGGGUUGGUUAGGUGGAGUCAUUCGCAUGGCGCCGCCCGCGUCUUCAACCCCCCCGCCGCCGCACUCUACAACUCUCUCUUCGGGGGCGAAGCAGGCCAACGAACCGUCGCGAACGACGACCCAGUCCCAACCUACAUCCCCGAGUCGGCCAACUAUACCUUUACGCUCCAGGGCUUCCACAUCACGGGCAAUGGAACGAGCAACGCGACGUAUGGGUAUGAUUAUACGGUUUGUAAUGACCCGACGAACCAGGAGUGUGCGGGGACGGUUGGUGGGAACUUCACCGACCAUCUCGCCUACUACACUCCUAUCGGCAUGUGCGGCAAGCCCUACUGGGGCUCAAACGACACAGUCGAAGCCUCGUUCCAAUCCACCGCCUCGCAGGCGUUCUACGCCACCGCGACAUCGACUUUCGUACCGCCCACCCAGGCGGUGACUACCUCUUCGACUUCCUCGUCCGCCUCUUCCUCCGCCGCGGCGAGCGACUCCUCCGCAACGAGCGCGCAGACGGCGACGGCCGUGACGGGCGCGAACGCGGCCGCGUCCCCUUCGGCCGGCGCGGACCACUCCAGCGGCGCGUCUUCGGCGUCGGUCGGCGCGGCAGGCGGACUCGUCGCCGUUCUCGCCGCGGGAUUGGCGCUCCUCGCCUAA